CUCUCCAAUACGUUAAGCUUUUGAUUGAAUCAGAUUUGGUGCGGCUAUGGCGGACCUGUACGAGCCUGAUCUCGGUGCAGCGUAUUAUCGCUCUAACGACCCCAUUAAGAAUCUCAAUAUCAGAGUCAAAUUGGAAAAGGUGACCUCAUCUAGUAUUAUACCUCAGCAAGCAGAGGAAAAAGAAAAUCAAAAUGUUGAAAUGCAAAGCCUGGCUGAUGAAGUUCAGAAAGAUGAGGAGGAAAGAGUUUUUCAUUGGCAGGAAAAAGUUUUCUGUCUGAGAGAAACCGAGCUGUACAGCAAUGAGGCUAGCUGUGAAGGAGUCAUGGAAAAGAAAUACAACAAAGAUGUCACAGAAAUUCUGGACAAAGGGAAGCCUAACAACCGUCUAUUUUCAUAUGUUGAUCAUGACAAAUUCAGUCAGAGUAGUGAGUCAGUUCAGUACUUAACUACAUCAGCCAAUGAGAAGCCGUCCUUUCUUACCGAAAAAAUGGCCAAUCUACGAAGAAGGAAAGUGGGGGGUGGCAAGAAAGAUGACAACAGAAGAAACAAGGCCUUCAGAGAAGUCGGUUUCGUGCCGAAAAUAAACACUGUUGAUUAUAAUCCGUCGGAGGAGUUACGCAACAGAAAUCACAUCAUGGCUGCUCCGAUGCAGGUGCAUUACAUCAUGGCUGACCUCAGUCGCAGAGAAGAGGGCAGUGGAACUCUUCAAGAAGAGGCAGUGUUGUGUAUGAUACAAAUGGAUGCCAAUGGCGUAAUAUGCAUGCGUCCCGACUUCAGCAAAGGCAAGAAACCUUACGUCGUGGAAAAUAAUAUCAAAGGAGAUGUUUUUGAAUACACAAUACAACACAGUUCAAAGAUCAUGAAUAGACAGGAACAGGACAAGGAGCUGAAGAUGUAUCGUGAGGUUUAUAGUCGCCACUCAGACUUCCUACAGGCUUGUGUUGGUGAGGAUUUUGAAUUGCCACCCCUGAAUGUUCUUAGGCUAUUGGUUUAUGGAGAGAUGGAAUGUGCCCGGGACUUUGAGUAUGACGAUCUGUACCUACAUUUCCUUGUAGACUUACCGAAACACUGGACGGCUGACCGGUCGCAACAGUUAUCCUGGGUAACACAGACAUGUAGGACAAAGGUCGAAGGUCGGGAUAACGUCUCAUACUUCAGCUUCCCAUUUAACUUUGAAUUGUUCUACAAAGACACUUCCAUAAGAGAUGAAGAUAAAGAGCCUCUUCCUCACUUUCCGAUCAUCAUGGUGGAGGUUCUGUCUCUGGACAGGUGGAACAGAUUCCGGACCGAAGGAUACACAUACAUAUCAAUCCCUACUCAUCCAGGUACAUACAGAGAGAAUGCUCGAUGUUGGAGGCCCAUUGGGAAGUCGGCCGCAGCAGAACUACGCAGAUUUUUCAUCGGGGGUUCACCCGAACUUGAAGAUAUCACAUACACAGCCAUCCCAUCUACAUUCCAGGGGUCACACUUGAGUAAGUACGGGUUCCGGACAGAAUCCACAGGAACGAUCAGUACCAAGCUUAAUGUCAUCCUACAAUCGCAAGCAUUCAUGGAAAAGAAAGCCAACAAAAAAACAUUAGGAAAUCUUCUGGACAACUUAGGAAUAAAUGCUGUCCAAGCAAAUAUUGCCAAUGUUCUUGAUGCCUUUAAGAAAGCCAGGAUCCGGAUGAUGCAAGCGCGUGAAAAUGCAUCUCGAGAUCUGUUCCAGGAAGCCACCAAAACCAGAGAGUUAGAAGCAUAGAUCGAAAUUCUGUACAACGAAAUCUUUAAAAUCGAAAAUAUUCACGGGUAUUGGUCUUCAUUGGAAUAAUGACUUGCUCACGUAAAAAGUUACAUCAGUGACAAUUUUGCUGAUAGUUAAAAUAUAUACCUGCUGAAUGAGAUUGGGCACCUCAGAUGGUGGCUGAAAUACCAAACAAGUUACAAUUCAUUCCAUAAUCUUCAAGUUUUACUGAAGCCAGAGGUUGAAAUGGCCACUUAACCAUUAAUGCUAAAUUUCAGUACUUUCACGUAAACAUCACAUUCCAUGAAAUAAUAUUGAUUCACAGAUAAAUGUGUUGAGUGUAUGAAUACUUAUACUCAAUGGUAUUUCUAGUUUGUAAAGGUUGUCAGGCACGUCAUUGUUAAAUUCACAGGGACUUGGUGCGAAUUCCUAACCCAUUGUCCAUAUUAUUUGUAUAAUACUGUAAUUCAUAUAUACACUUUGUAUGGACUUCAUGCCAGGUCCCUGUGGUAAAUCUAUCCAUUUCAUUCUUCAUACAACUACAGUCAAACUUCAUUUUCUUGAACUUCUAUAAUUCAGAGACUCAAAGUAAAUUCAAUACGACAGUAUAAAUUACAUAUACAAUAUACGAGGUAACCUCAAAUACACGGGACAUCUCGAAAUUUGAUCAUGACCCUACAGGUUCUGAGAUAACAAAUUUUAAAUGAAGAACGUUUCCCAAAGAACCAGUGAACACUCCUAUGACUGUAUACUGGUGUAUAUACAUUUGUAGUGGAACUGGAUUCGACUGAACGCCGAAGGCCAGGUAGCUCAAAUGGUUCAAGUGUCCGUCUAGGGUUCCAAGGUCCUGGGUUCGAGUCCCGGUCUGGUUGUUGCAUUUUUAAAGGGGCAUUCCUUCGUUAGAACAUCAGAAGCAUGCACAAUUUCUAUUGAUGAAAUCUAUGUCCGAACAAUGAUUAUAUGAGUGUCUUUGCUUACAUGUGAUGAAAUUAACGCUGAAAUGUAUAAGAAAAAUGUGUAUCAUAUACAAAUACCAUGAUAUGUCUUUGCGAUAAUUAGUGAUAAUUUGGGUCGAAUUAAGAAUUUUCAUGACUUAAUACUUGAAGAACUUUGGUUUAUCAUGAGAGUAAAACUGCCUUAUUAAUGUAAAGAUUAUAACUUUUGCUACUUGGAAAAAAUAUGUAUUUUCCAGUAAGUUUAGUUUUGACAACCUAAACUUUAUUCAAAUGAAGAAAUGCCCCUUUAAUCUCCUAUCACAUACGUACCCAUUUAAUACAGUAAAAUGAUAUCAUUUAUUUAUUCCGUCCUUAUAUUUUUGUAGAUAUUUUGUAAAGUUUUGUAGAUACAUGUACAUAUUAGUUAUUAUAUUUUUUAUGUAUUGAUGAUACUGAAUGCAUAAAUAAAAUGCUCUUAGAGAUAAAAA